UGAACACAACCACUGGACUCCCGAUGAACGGGAAGCUGAGCUCACCAGGAUCAAGAGAAAGUCCUCACCGCCGCUGCCAGCUCUCUCUCCCUGACUGGAACUAUUAUUUUUGUGACACUGAGAUGCUGAGAAGAAUUUGGAUUCAUCUGAAGAGACAGGUUUGAUCGAGUGACAGGAUACUUCUUCCAUUUAACUGACAGUUAUUUAAGUCUGAUAAAAAAUAUUCAUGUAAUUGUUUUAAGGAUGAUGUUAGUUCUUUAAUCUACGCCACAGUUUAUUGUGUUUGACUGUGGAGUCUUCACCGCGCUGCGCUGCCCAGGACAACCAGACGCACCAGCGGUUUCCUCCUCUCAGCUUUACGCAGUUACCGGAGGGCAGCCAGGAGUCGUCGCAUUACUCUGGUGAACUACUCACUCUUUCUCCUCCUGCUGGUAAAAACAAGCCGGUGUGACCAUGCUACAGAAUGAAAACGAGAAGGAGGAACCGCUUCAGGCGCCAAAGGCUGAGCCUGAGCCGGAUUCCCCGAAUGAGGAGCAGGAAAAGCAGGAGCCCGCUCCUGUGGCUGCUGAGGGAAACUUCCCCAUGCCUGUCCAUCCCAAACUGGACAUAAAACGCAACGCAGUGACGGACGAUUAUAAGAUCUCCACUCAGGUCCUGGGCUUAGGGAUCAAUGGCAAAGUCCUUCAAUGCUUCAACAAGAAGACUGGAGAGAAGUGCGCACUAAAGAUUCUCUACGACAGUCCUAAAGCCAGACGAGAAGUGGAGCUCCACUGGAGAGUAUCAGCGGGACCGUACAUAGUUCGAAUCCUCAGCCUGUAUGAGAACAUGCAUCAUGGGAAGAAGUGCCUGCUAAUCAUCAUGGAGUGUAUGGAAGGUGGAGAGCUGUUUAAUCGCAUCCAAGCCAGAGGAGACCAGGCCUUCACUGAGAAAGAGGCUUCUGAAAUCAUGAGAGACAUCGGCACGGCCAUCGACUUUCUCCACAAGAUUAACAUUGCACACAGAGACAUCAAGCCAGAGAACCUGCUGUACACAAGUAAAGAAAGAAACGGGGUCCUCAAGUUAACAGAUUUUGGUUUUGCCAAGGAGACAACGCUACACAACCCCUUACAGACCCCCUGUUAUACACCGUAUUAUGUGGCUCCUGAGGUUUUGGGUCCGGAGAAAUAUGACAAGUCUUGUGACAUGUGGUCUCUGGGUGUCAUCAUGUACAUCCUGUUGUGUGGCUUCCCUCCGUUUUACUCCAACACAGGCCAGGCCAUCUCUCCAGGGAUGAAGAGGAGGAUCAGGAUGGGCCAGUAUGAAUUCCCCAACCCGGAGUGGUCAGAGGUUUCACAGGAAGCAAAGGAUCUGAUCCAUCAGCUGCUGAAGACGGACCCUAACGAGAGAAUGACCAUCACUCAGUUUAUGAACCACCCGUGGAUUAAUCAGUCUAUGGUGGUUCCCUCCACUCCACUCCACACAACCAGAGUUCUGACUGAAGACAGAGAGAUGUGGGAGGAUGUUAAGACUUGGGAUUUUGAGGGGAAGGAGUGUAAGUAAUGAAAAAAGAAGAAUGCAUGGACUUUGGCCACCUGACCAUUACACCAACAGGGACUGUACUGCCUCUUGCCCUCAAGCUCCAUCCCAGUUCAUCCCAAAGGUGCUCAGUGGGGUUGAGGUCAGGACUCUGUGCAGGCCAGUUAAGUUCUUUCACAGUAAACUCAUCAAACCAUGUCUUUAUAGUCUUUGCUUUGUGCACUGGGGUACAGUCGUUUUGAAAUAGAAACGGGCCUUCCCCAAACUGUUGAAAGCGUUGGCGACUUUAAUGCACCAUGCGUCUUAGCAGUCAUUGAUCCCACUCUGUCAUUUCACAUGGUCUUCAUGGCUGAGUUGCUGUUGUUCCUAAACGCUUCCACUUUCUAAUAAUAUCACUUACAGUUGACUGUGGAAUAUCCAGCAGUAUCUAACUUUCAUGAACUGUCUUAUUGCAAAGGUGGCAUCCAUCACUCGAGGUCACUAAGCUCCUCAGAACAAAACACACAUUUUUGGUAUGGAGACUACAUGCAUGGCUAGGUGCUUAAUUUUAUACACAUGCAGCAACAGGUCUGAAUGAAACACCUGAAUUCAAUAGGCAACAGGUGUGGCCAAAUACUUUUGUCCACAUAGUGUAGUUAGAAACAAAAUUUUGUACAUUGAAAGAACACCCUGGAGGGGCACCUUUGAGGGUACUUUAUCUAGUUUUAUCUACCAUGGGGGCAUCCAAGAGGGCACUUUUGCAGUGUUUUUUUUUUUUUGUUGUUCAAACAUUAGGGAACCGGGGGAAAUUGCCCUCUCUGCCCCCUUCUGAAUUCUCCUGUGAAAGAUCAAGCCAGUUUCUUUGUACAAAAGACACUAAUGUAAAUCCAUAAGGUCCCUAUAUCCUGACACAUAGGGUUCCCUUUUAAGUCCCCCUUAAAACUGUUAUUUCGGACCAAGUAUCACCACCCUGCUUUCUUUGUCAGAAAGAACUGGACCUGUUCUCUGUGAAC